UUUAAAUUUCGAUUUUUUAUUUUUAACUAUUUAAUUUUAUUUAUUCAUUUCAACCCUUCCACGAGCGUGUUCUUCAUCUUCUUCGCGACUCUUGCAUCAACUCCAAGUCCUUAACCACAAUCAUCCAAACAUGGUUUGCUUGUUUUGCUUAUUGCCCCUUUUCCUCGUUCCAAUCGUGAACGUAUUGCCUAUUCUCUUCUACUAUGUUAUGGGAAAAGUAUAUCGGCUUUUCGGAUGGGAGUUUAGGAAACCGGAGAUGGUCCCUCCAGCAUGUCCUUACAAGCCUGCAGCCAAAACGGACAGUAAAGUUGAAACAAAAGAUGUCCCGGCUGUAGAACCUGUUAAAGCUGGAGGAGUAGAUGUCAAGCAGGACUAACAUGGGGUCGCUACUCUGCGAUAAAGUGUAAGGACAGGGAAAUAAAUAUAUGAUCCCAUAAGAUGGUUUAUGUAUAUAACAGUUAUUACUACUUUUGUUAAGAAGUUACAUUGCAUGAGACUGAGAUAGUUUGUAAGAUGGAGCAAGAUGAAACAAAACAUGUUUAAAUUGGCAGACAUUUGAUUACAAAAAGUACUUAUACCAGUUGGGAUUGUUUUCUUUC